AUGUCACAGCUUGUCAAGGAGCUCUUAAAUCGACCGGAUAUUUCACGUCCACGAUGGGACCAGUCAACAUUUGAAGGUCGGGCAAAACACUUUUUUGUUAUAACAAAUCCGUUGAAUCUUUUCGUCUCAGGCAGAAGGUUGGAAGAAUGCAAAAAAUUAGUGCUUAAUUACAGGAAGGGUAUCAUACCAGAUGACCUAACCGUUGAUCAAUUAUGGCGUGCGAAACAACUUUUUGAUUCUGCUUAUCACCCUGCUACUAAUGAAAAAAUGUUCUUGCCAGGCCGGAUGAGUUUCCAAGUGCCAGGAAACAUGUUGCUAACAGGCGGAAUGCUCACUUUUUACAAGUAUUUCUUCCUACCUAAUCUUUGGUCUCCUGCUGCGGUAAUUUUCUGGCAGUGGUUAAAUCAAACUUUUAAUGCGGUGGUGAAUUACACAAAUCGAUCUGGUGAGGGGGCAUCUACAAAUCAAAUGAUGGCCUCGUAUGUAUGCGCAACUGGAGGUGCUCUUGUUGCUGCUCUAGGCCUUAAUUCGCUUGUGAAGACUGCACCACCACUUGUUGGUCGUCUAGUGCCAUUCUGUGCAGUUGCAGUAGCAAAUUCCAUCAAUAUCCCAAUGAUGAGAUCAAAGGAACUGAUAGAAGGUAUCGAUUUAAUGGAUGAAAAUGGUAAUAAAGUUGGAAAAAGUAAAAAGAUAGCAUACCAGGCUAUUUCUAAGGUUGUUCUUAGCAGAAUUGGGAUGGCUUCACCGACAUUUGUAUGCAUACCCAUUUUCAUGAACUGGUGUGUGAAAACGCAGUGGUACAAGGCCCGACCGUGGGUUUCAGCACCACUUCAAGCCGCUAUAGCUGGUGUUGUAUUAGUUUUUUCGACACCUUUAUGUUGUGCAAUUUAUCCUCAGAUGAGUCCAGUAGAUGUUAAAAAGCUGGAACCGGAAGUACGGGAAAAAAUAAGCAAACUUCCCAACUCGCCUCGGACUGUUUACUGCAACAAGGGUCUCUAA